AUAACAUUUUCGAAGUGUUUUGAUAUCAGCUGAUUGGUGAGCUGUUGUGAAAAAGCUGCGUAUAUUUUUAUAAGAUAUUUUUCGUGAAUUUUGCCCGAAAAUACCAUUCCCAUUAGGGAAUGGAUGGUAAACGUGGAGUUAUUGUUUAAAGAAAAAUGUUCGACAUAGUGAACUUUUUCAAGAAUCUUAUUUACAACAUGUUGGCUAUAUUUUCUUUCGGCCGUAAGAAGCUCUCGAACACCCUGAGCAUCUACGUGAAAACAAACACCGGAAAUACGCUUUCGGUAGAUCUGGAACCGCACAUGGACAUAAAGGACGUGAAAGAAAUUGUGGCACCACAGCUGGGACUUGCUCCAGGCGAAUUGAAAAUCAUCUUCGCCGGAAAGGAACUCUCCGAUACGAUAACCAUUAGCGAGUGUGAUCUCGGUCAGCAGUCGAUUAUCCACGCAGUAAAAGCGAGAACGAUUCCCAAAAAGGUUAACAAUGGGAAAACAUUACUGGAAUCGCCAAUCUCCGAAGAAACCCUCGAGGAAUCGACUUCCACCAAGCCACUCUGCGAAACGCUGACUGACCUCCAAAUGACGGAAGUGAACGAGAAGCCUGGCAGUCCGGCCAGGGAACGAAGGAAAGCCCAUUUCUUCGUGUACUGUUCUCAGUGUGAGAAGGUUUGUACUGGCAAAUUGCGAGUACGUUGCGGAAUCUGCAAAAGCGGUGCCUUCACGGUCCAUCGGGAUCCGGCCUGUUGGGAUGAUGUGCUGAAGAAAAAGCGAAUCACCGGGCAUUGUGAGAACUACGAAAUACCUUGCGUAGAAAACGAACUUGGCGAUCCACCAUUUACUGAAUUUUACUUCAAAUGCUCGGAACACUCUUCCGGUGGGGAGAAAGACUUUGCUGCUCCUUUGAAUUUGAUCAAGACCAACCAUAAGGAUAUUCCGUGCAUUGCUUGUACUGAUACAAGCGACACCGUGCUAGUAUUUCCGUGUGAGGCUGGUCACGUAACCUGUCUAGACUGCUUCCGCCAAUAUUGUGUAUCCCGCCUAUUGGAGCGACAGUUUCUGGAACAUCCAAGUGGCGGAUACACACUGCAAUGCCCUGUAGGCUGUGAAAGUUCCUACAUUGAAGACGUGCACCAUUUCAAGUUACUGUCCAAGGAACAGUACGAACGCUAUCAACGUUUUGCCACGGAGGAGUUUGUCCUGAGAAACGGAGGUGUCCUGUGUCCUCAACCGGGAUGUGGAAUGGGCCUUCUCGUUGAUCCGGAGUGCAAGAGGAUACAAUGUCAGAACGGAUGCGGGUUCGUAUUCUGCCGCAAUUGCCUGCAAGGUUAUCACAUAGGAGAAUGUCUGGAAACACCGCAACCGAAUGCAGGCGCUGCACCAAACUACACAAUCGAUCCGCUGCGUGCGUCCGAAGCUCGGUGGGAUGAGGCUUCCAAAAUUGCCAUCAAAGUGACAACCAAACCGUGUCCCCAGUGUCGAACGGCGACCGAACGAGAUGGGGGCUGUAUGCACAUGGUUUGCACACGGUUCGGAUGCGGUUUCGAGUGGUGCUGGGUCUGCCAAACCCCAUGGACCAGGGACUGCAUGGCAGCACACUGGUUCGGAUAGAGCUGUGAGAGUAGGAAUAAAUUUAUACGUUGGAAUACCGGAGGCCAUAUGUUCCUAGGUCGAAAGAUUGAGAUUAACCAAAUUGAACUGUUGAAAGCGAAAUAUAUUUUCUUAAAUAGAUAUUUUGUUACGUGAUUAUAAUACCUGAAAUUCAGUAUAUUUAGACGACUGGACCUGUUUUUAAAUUA